AUGACCUCCCAGCGACCGGGCGCCUGUCGCCCGCUGACGGUGUCGAGCUUGGCCCGCACUCCGCAAGACCUCGAGGCCCAGUGGGAUUCCUUCGCCGAGGCCGAACUCGGCGGUACCCUGGAAACCGAGGCGUCCCUGCUGCGCUUGGCCUGCCGGUCGCCGGAUUCGGCACACAUUUGGCCGGUCAUCCCGGGCCCGGGGCCCGAUGCCCAUGGGAAUGGCCCCCGGCCGGGGUCGGGCUCCAAUGUCCGGUCAUUCCUCCGGCUGCUGCUGACCAUUGCCGCCGGGACGAGCGAAGGCAUGGGCCUGGACACGGCGCAUGCCUUGCGGGCUGAGGCCGCCGCCGCGCCCGAUGCCGCGGCCACAACCACCACCACCACCACCACCGGGGCCUUCAUCUCGGACCAGGAGCUCGCCGGGCAGAGCCUGCACUUUGAGCAGUUCCUGUCGCAGGUGGUUUUGCAACUGGCGCAUCUGGGCGGCAGCGGCACGGCCGGCGAUGGGGCCCAGUCUCCAAGCGACCCGGCAGGUGGCUCCGCCUCCCCCCCGGCCGGUGCUGCCAAUGGCGGCGGGCCGCCACUGAUGAUGGACCUCCUAUCGCGGCGGCGCUUGCGCUUGGCCUUCUUCCUGCGCUCCGGCCAAUGCCCGCUGGACUUGACCCCGCAGCAUUUGACCGCCGGUCGGCCUUUCCCCUGGCAGCCGGCCGCCUUCGAUGCCGGGGACCUUUGGGAUGCCUUCUACCCGAUUGCCGGGCGUUUGGCCACCGUGCAUGCUCCCGGCCCGGAGGAUGCCCUCUGGCAGCGGCUGCUGGCGCUUCAUCCGCUUCUGGGACCCGGCGUGCCGGGCCCAAGCCCCGGCCAAGACCCGGCCAGUGCGGCCUCCUCGCCGGGCCCCCUUCCGACCCAUGCGUCCAUUUGCUUCCGGUGGGAGCUGGCCCUGUUGGCCAUUCAGUCACAGCAACUGCUGGUCGCAUCGCGCAUUCUCCUGGCCAGUGCCACAUCAGUGCCGCUGAGCGCCUCGCGCCGACGGGACUGCCUGGCCCUGCUGCGCUUCCUGGCUCUCGCCCGAGGCCCGGCCCCUGGCUCCGGGACCGCGGCGCCGGACGUGGCGACCUCCGCCGCGGCCGCCUCCGCCUCCUCCUCGGCCCUGCAACUGCCGCUGGCCGUGGCAGUCCCGCACUCGGGGGCCGGCGACACCAGCCAGCUGGUCACCAUUUCCAGCUGCUGGAUCCUGGCCGUGGUCAAUGCCCUGGCACCGCAGAUGGACUCCAAGCCCGGCUCGACCGAGCUCCUGCGCGACCUGUUCCUCCACUCGUCCCUCUCCGGGACAUCGCUCUGCCCCUCGACCGCCGGCAUCAUCAUCGGCGUCCUGUCACACUAUAGCAUCCAGUUCAUGGGGCCCGGUGAGCCGGAGCCCAACAGCGAUGAUCCCGACCAUGUUGCCAAGGCCGGCCUGAGCCUGGCCUUCACAAAUUACCUCCAGCGCUGCCUGGCCGAGCUGAGCAGCAGCGCACGCAGUGCCCGGCUCACGCGGAACCUGUCGCGCGCCCACCUUCAGAACUUGUCCCUUCGGCACAAGGCCGAACGGGCCACCCGCGGUGUGGUCAUCCAUGAGGAAAGCACGUGCUGCCUGUGCGGCAAGCAACUGAUUCAGGAGCCAUCCGGCCUGUCAGCCGCCGCCGCCGCCUCGCAUGACGCUCAUUCCGGGGGCUUCGUGAUGAUCCCGCUCUUUAGCACGGCCAGCGACUACGAUUUGGCCGGGGACCUGUCGCCCCGAGAUGGCCAGGCCAUGGCCGUCUACCUGGCUCAAGGAAUGUCCGCCUCGUUUGCGCGUCCGCCGCCGGCCGGCGUUGAGCGCCUACCGCCUGAGCCCACAGGUGUCGGCACGGCCCAUGUCCAGUGUGCCAACCUGGCCGGUCUAUUUUGA